GUGCUUUCGUCACCUGUUAAAACGGAGCACAUGCCUUGCGAAGCACAUGCCUCUAGAAUAAGACCCCACAUUCGAAAGAGGUCGCAGUCAGUGAGUCAGCCUUUUAAACAGGUCAACCAGCGACACGCUUAAUCUUUGGAGCGGGGCCUGCUGUGGGCGAGAGACGUUUACAAACAUGGGCCCACUGGAGCUUGUAUCUCGUCUCAAUCGCAAAUCUGUUGUCAAGUCUGUAGGAACAUCUGUUCUCCUGUACGUGAUAUACCGCAUCAUCAAGUUCCUGAUCUGGUAUCGGCGUCUCUACAGAUUCUUCAACAACUGUCAGGGGGUCAAGGACUUCUCCUGGAGGACAGGCAACCUGCAUUUGUACCCUAAGCUGUUUGAGAAGCGCGUUGCAGUGGAGCAGGAAUGGAUGAGGAAAUACCCCAAGUACUACCGGGUCUGGAUAGGGCCCUUCAAUCCACUCAUCAGAGUCUACCAUCCAGACACAAUCAGAGCUAUCAUCAAGUCCACAGAGCCAAAACCAAGGGGAAUAGGAGUCUCAUAUGAACCACUGGUACCCUGGCUUGGGGAGGGUCUCCUGAUUGCCGGGGGGACAACGCUGGUACCGAGCUCGUCGUCUCCUUACCCCCGCCUUCCACUUCGACAUCCUCAAACCCUACAUCGACGUCUCAAACAACGCCAUUGACACCAUGCUGGAGAAGAUUGACAAGCACGUGGAGGAAGGCACCAGCUUCGAGUUGUUCAACAUGGUCGGCCUGUGUACAUUUGACAUCCUGUUGAGAUGCGCCAUGUCGGUCAAGGAAAACAUACAGCAACAGGGGGAAACACACCCGUAUGUAAACGCAGUGAAUGACUUACUCGCCCUGGCUACCGAUCGAGUCCUUACCCCAUGGCAUCACCCUGACUUUAUCUUCUUCAACUCUUCCUCUGGUAAGAAGUUUAAGAAACAGUGUGACUUUGUACAUCGCUGGGCGGAGGACAUCAUCGAGAAGAGGCGACAGGCCUUGGAGAGAGAUGGACCCCCGAAGACCCGCUACCUCGACUUCCUGGACGUCCUGCUCAGUGCCAGAGAUGGUGAUGGCAAGGGUCUCACCCCGCUAGAGAUCAGGAAUGAAGUCGACACGUUUCUAUUUGAAGGUCACGACACAACGGCCAGUGGGAUAUCAUGGACGCUGUUCACCAUGGCCUCCAAACCGGAGUUCCAGACCAGGAUACAGGAGGAACUGGACACACUCCUGGACGGAAGAGAGUCCAAGUACAUCACCUGGGAUGACAUCCCCAAGAUGGAGUACCUGACACGAUGUCUAAAGGAAGGGAUGAGGUUCCACUCGCCUGUUCCGUUCGUCAGUCGGGAACUGGAACAUCCUAUGGACAUCGACGGGAAGGUUUUUCCGGUUGGAACACUCAUUUCACUAGGAAUAUGGCAAGUCCAUCACAACCCGGACGUAUGGGAGGACCCAGAUGUAUAUGACCCUGAUCGGUUUCUGCCCGAGAACAUCCAGAAGAAGGACAGCUACGCAUACAUCCCCUUCUCCGCUGGCCCGAGAAACUGUAUCGGACAACAUUUUGCCCUGAACGAAGAGAAGCUCAUGCUUGGAAGAAUCCUUCAAAGAUACAAGUUAGAGGUAGAUACAAGCCACAAAGUGGGACGAAGGAAUGCCGCCGUGAUGAAGUCAACUGAAGGACUGUGGGUGUUCGCUAGACACAGACACUGAACAUUCCAACAGAGGGCCUACUUUCUAUUUCCUUGACCACGCUGAAUGCGGAUAAUGAUAUUAAUCAAUUACCUUCAGUUGAUCAAACAUCUUUGCAUACGACAUGAAGCAGGAGAGCUCUGGGCUCUGGCUUCUGGUCAUAGAUAUUUAAGUUAGUGAGUGAGUUUAAUUGCACUCAGCAAUAUUCCAGCUAUAUGGCGGCGGUCUGUAAAUAAUCGAGUCUGGACCAGACAAUCCAGUUAUC